AUGUUUUACAUUUCAGCACUGAGUGCAAAAGAGCUGAAGUGGUCUGGGUGCCUACAGUGUCCCUUUAAUGCCUGGCUCCGAGAUCACAGGAACAAGGAGCCAACAAACUGCAGGAAAAGCUGCUCAGAAAGGUUUGGAAAUGAUACAACCGACACAAAAACUUGGUAGGACACCAUUUCCUCUCCUAGUGUUUUGUUAUCUUAUUUUUAUAGUAACAUGCAGUCAUCAUAAAUACACAGACUUUAAAAAUCUGUAUCAGAAAGAAGAAUCAUAAAGUAGAAAACAGAGACUAGUCCGUGUCUUGCUUUGUGUCCAAUUAGGUUCUCAUUAAAAGAAAAAAAUGUCUUCACACCUCCCUCAACCCUCCUUCCCCACGCCUGUCCCCUCUCCUCGCCUCCCUCCUCCUCUCUUACACAAGCACGUUAUGAAAGCCUUACAUAGCUCACACUCUGUUUGUAUCUUAUUGUGUCCACAUGCCUAGUGGUGUCUUCUGUCUUCCCUCAGACUGGACAUAUUAACAUAAUCCCUGCUACUUUCACACCCUACCCUGCCUGCGUAACAUCCUGAUGUGGUGUGGAGUUAUCCACUAAAGUGGGAAUUGUAGAUACAAAUAAUCUGAAUGAAGAGAGAUCAGCAAUUUUCCAAUUUGAAAUUCCUAUUGAAUUCUUUUUAAAUUCACGACAAGUCACGCGUCAGUAAAUAACCCUGUCUGAUUAACCCUUUCAGUUCUGGGAAACUGAGAAAUGAAUUUGCUAAAUUCUAACCAGAAGCCAAGCUUGGGGUAUAGAAGAGCUGAAGAUUUACCAUUGAUUAUGUUGAUACAUUUGUAUUUACGUGUUUCAAUCUAUCACAGUUCAUUGUUUAGUAAAUAACCCCAUGGUUUAGGGACACUCCCAGCCAAUAGAAAAGCUGGUGACUUUUCUGUGAGGGCGUUUCCAGCUCAGCUGGAAGCCAAUCAGGAGUGGACACAGAAAUGUAAAGACAUUUAACCCUUGCAGGGUUUGUCACAAUGCUCCAGCUUGAUGGAGUAUAGCCAAAUUAAGAAUGGCUAAACUGGACAUAUAGCUGGGAUUUUAGCCUCAAUGUUGCCAUUUGGAUUUAAUUUGCUACAAUUUGGUGUUUAGUGAAUAACUCUGUUUAAGUGCCAGAGAGCUGGGCAAUAAAUGCUGACACAUUCAGAGUUGUUUACAAGACAAAGUCUAUGGUCCCAGUGUUCACUGAUCGGCCAUGGACCUCGCUGUGUCUUUGCUCCUUGUCUGUGCUGUCACUUUCUUGAUAUUGAUUUUUACCCGGAGCCGAAAACCCUCCAAUCUGCCCCCGGGACCCACGCCUCUGCCUCUGAUUGGGAACAUCCUGCAGCUGAAUUUUAAGGAUUUUGUGAAAGAUUUUGUGAAGGUCAGUGGAGGUUCUGCAGAUUCGGCCUGGGAUUGUCUUUUCAGGGAGACUGCCAGCAUUAAUUCAGAUUGUUAAAUCAGUGUAUGUGUACAGGACCCAAUGCACUCCCCUGUCUGGCACUCGAAAGGUUAACUGGUCACAAACUAUCUGACUGCUUUAUAUACAUGUGCAGAUUAGGAGAGUUCGUCAUUCUGGGUGUAAAUCUGUAUUGUUUCACAUUAUUCUCUAAAAUACCACUAAAUAUAAUAUAUUAAUCUAUACAUCAAUGAUAAAAUGUCACAUUUAUAGAGCAGAAAACUGGCAAACUUUUUAUAUAUAUUAGGCCUCUGUUCCUUUAUCAGAAUGUGUCCAUUUAAUUCUCUGUAUUCUGUCUAUUGUACAGCGCUGCAGAAUAUGUGGCGCUAUAAAAAAUAUAUAUUAAUAUACAAACAGGCCUGUCCUGAACUUUCCUUCUAUCUGCAUGUCACCAGGCGACAAUGUUUGUCUGUUAGGUGAUCAAGAGCAAUAGAAGUUAUAGGGAGAGUUAUAUGGAGUAAUAGGAGGAGUUAUAGGGAUGGUUAUAUGGAGUAAUAGGAGGUGCUAAAGGGAUGGUUAUAUGGAGUAAUAGGAGGGGUUAUAGAGAGGGUUAUAGGCAGUAAUAGGAGGUGUUAUAGGGAGGGUUAUAUGGAGUAAUAGGAGGAGUUAUAGGGAGGUUAUAUGGAGUAAUAGGAGGAAUUAUAGGGAGGGUUAUAUGGAGUAAUAGGAGGAGUUAUAGGGAGGCUAUAUGGAGUAAUAGGAGGGGUUAUAUGGAGUAAUAGGAGGGGUUAUAGAGAGGGUUAUAGGGAGUAAUAGGAGGAGUUAUAGGGAGGUUAUAUGGAGUAAAAGGAGUUAUUGGGAGGGUUAUAUGGCGUUAUAGGGAGGGUUAUAUGGAGUAAUAGGAGGGGUUAUAGGGAGGGUUAUAUGGAGUAAUAGGAGGAGUUAUAGGGAGGGUUAUAUGGAGUAAUAGGAGGGGUUAUAGGGAGGGUUAUAUGGAGUAAUAGGAGGAGUUAUAGGGAGGGUUAUAUGGAGUAAUAGGAGGAGUUAUAGGGAGGUUAUAUGGAGUAAUAGGAGGAGCUAUAGGGAGGGUUAUAUGGAGUAAUAGGAGGAGUUAUAGGGAGGUUAUAUGGAGUAAUAGGAGGAAUUAUAGGGAGGGUUAUAUGGAGUAAUAGGAGGUGUUAUAGGGAGGGUUAUAUGGAGUAAUAGGAGGGGUUAUAGGGAGGGUUAUAUGGAGUAAUAGGAGGGGUUAUAGGGAGGGUUAUAUGGAGUAAUAGGAGGAGUUAUAGAAAGGUUAUAUGGAGUAAUGGGAGGAGUUAUAGGGAGGGUUAUAUGGAGUAAUAGGAGGAGUUAUAGGGAGGGUUAUGUGGAGAAAUAGGAGGAGUUAUAUGGGAGGUUAUAUGGAGUAAUAGGAGGAUUUAUAGGGAGGUUAUAUGGAGUAAUAGGGGGAGUUAUAGGUUAUAAGGAGCAAUAGGAUGAGUUAUAGGGAGGUUAUAUGGAGUAAUAGGGGGAGUUAUAGGGAGGGUUAUAUGGAGUAAUAGGAGGGGUUAUAGGGAGGGUUAUAUGGAGUAAUAGGAGGAGUUAUAGGGAGGGUUAUAUGGAGUAAUAGGAUGAGUUAUACGGAGGGUUAUAUGGAAUAAUAAAAGGAGUUAUAGGAUAGGUUAUAUCUAGUAAUAGGAGGAGUUGUAGAGAGGGUUAUAUUGCAUAGUAAGCGGCGUUAUAGGCAAUGUUUUAUAUAGAGUAAUAGGAGGGGUUAUAUUGAAGGUUAUAUGGAGUAAUAGGAGAUGUUAUAUGGUGUUAUAUAUUAAUGAUGCACACACCCAUGGACAGCAGGACAAAGUUUAAAUAUUGAUUAAGGAGGAUCUAUUGUCCUCAACUCUACUAUGGCAGUGGGUGAGGGCUAUAAUAUUAAUAAGGGGGAUCUAAUGUUCCUCUCUUCCAUUACCCAGGGAGAGCAAGCAGGCACUAACUAACAAUGGACAUGCCACAAGGGCUAUAAUAUUAAUAAAUGGCAGAGACGUAGUGUUCCACUCAUUUAUCAAUAUUAUAGCCCCAACCUAACCAUGCUGGGCCUUUUAUUAAUAUUAUAGCCAUAGGAGCUGAAGAGUGAUACAAGGACUUUUGUUAUCAAUAUUAGAGCCACAUGCGAGGAUGUCAGGGGAAUACUAUGCCCCUAUUUCCUUUCAAUUAAGCCUUCAUCAACUGCCCAUGGAGGGUCAAGGAAUGGACACAAUGUCAAUACGUUGAAAUUACUGAAUUUCAGGUUUAUCAUUUUUAAAGAAGUAAAUAUGAGUAUUGCAAAUUUAGUUGAAAUCAGCUCAACCAAGUUUCAAGCAGUCUGGAGGAAGAUUAAUUGCAUGGAGUCCAUCGGUCGUCUUCAUAGUGUAUCCGACUAGAAGAGUCAAUAGCAUAAAUUGGUGCUUAGCAAAACCUCAAAAAGCUCUACCACUGGUUUCCAGAAUCUGAUCAAAUCUGAAAACUGCAACAUGAGAUGAAGCAGUACUCGGCGCAAUACUAUUUUCAUUGAACAUUUCUUUCCAUUUUGUCCAAACAACAUAAGCUCACCACCCUUUUCCUCUUUUCUGUCUUAGAUUGGAACUAAAUAUGGUCCAGUGUCUAUGGUAUAUUUGGGACCACGACCAGUGGUCAUAUUAAAUGGUCACGAUGUGGUGAGAGAAGCUUUUUUGGACAAUGGUGAAGUAUACAGUGAUCGAGGAAAGCUUGCAUUUGCUGAAAUGCUUUUCAAUGGAUAUGGUAAGCUGGAUCCAUGGCCUAUUUUUUUUUUUUUUUCUGUCGUAUAAAACAAAUUUGUAUUGCGGCAUGCAUUACUUCAAACAGGUGACUUCCUGCAUAGAUGUGUGUAACUAUUUUGGCUCCUAUUUUGGAGGAGGUAUAUGUGAUGUCCAGAUAAGUAUUUACAAAUAAGUAUAGCAUUUUAAUUAGUACAUUUUGGUGGCAUUUUUACACUAUGCACUAAUAUUUAGUCAAGCUGAUGUUGGCCAUAACAUGUAGUGUGAGGAACAGAGUUGGUUUUAAUCAAUUCUGUUUGUGACGAAGUGCACUUGGUCCUGGAGAGGCCUGCUUGCCAGCCUCCUGCCCUGUGACUAUGGCCCCUGGGAGAUUGUACCCUUUUAAACCAACAUUUGGGCUUAUGGACUUUUAUUGGACUGUGUAUGGCCCUUUAAGAACUCUGUCUAGGCACAUUGUGACUUUGAUGAACAAUGCCCCUUUAAGACUAUGGCCCCUGGAAGAUAUUGCCUGUUAAAAACUCUAUUUUAGCAGAUUGGAUUUUAAAAGACUCUUGCUGCCCCUUUAAAUUGUAUUGGAGCAGUUCUACAGCUUUAAAUUGACACUUCAGAUGCAGCUGAAGUAGUCGAAAUGGCCGCCAUUCGACAAACUAACACGUGGCGGCUGACAUCUUUGUUCAUUCGGACGCAGUCAGUGGUGUGUGCCCCUGAAUCUAUGGAACUGAAAUCUGCUACACAUUUCCGCGAACACCUCUGACCCGUACGUUCUCCCUCCACUUAGUCUCUGGCCACAGUGUCAAAGUCCCAUUCGAAGAUUCGAACGCACAUUCGAAUGGGACUUAGUCAAAUUGACUGACCGCACAGCCCAAAUCUAUGGAACUGUUUUGGGCCGGAAAAUGUGCUUGCGGUCGUGAUGUGAUGUAUACUUUUAAAGUUAUGAAUAUUGUAUAAAAACUGUAUAUUUUCUGCCUGUGAUAAUUAAGUUAGUCUAUUGUGUUGAGAUAAUUGUAUCACAGGCAGAGGGGAUGAUUUCUGCUGGAAUGAAUGGGAGUGGUUUACUUUAUUGUAUGUGUUGUAAUGUUUUUAUUGGUUGUUCUGAAAAACCCCUGUGGGUGGUUCUAUGUAUGGAAAACCUGCAUAAAAGAAGGCCCUUUGGUGCCAAGUAAACAGAUCUUUUUGACCUUCAAUACGUAGCCUUGUCUCGUUAUUGGAGGGAACUGCUAUAAUCACACUGGGGAUUGCUAUGCUCUGCAUACUCCCUUGAGCUUUAAAUCACCUAGCUUUUCGAAGAGCUGUUCCUGAUACGCUCUCCUGGAGGUGAGGUCUUCCCCACACAGUCCUGGAUGCUGGAGGUUCAUACAGGGUGGAAGGAAGAGGUCUUUUCUUACAUGGUCCUGGAGGACAGAAGCUGAUCCAGGGUGGAAGGAAGACGGCAAGGCUCCAGUUAAGCUACGGUGGUUGUGGAGUCUGUGGUGGUUGUGGUGUCUGGUGCGGUGCUUGUGGUCCUUGGCGUAAGCUAGAAAGUGCCCAUCAACGGAAGCUACUCUGUCAGAAGAACGGGGAGUUCCAUUACACUGUUCAAGACACACAAAAAGAAAACAUGCUGUCCUGCAAUGGUUUAUGUUUUUCUAUAAAAAAAAAAAAAAUAUAUAUAUAUAUAUAUAUUUUACAUAUUAAUUACCGGAUAGUUGAAUUAAGUUAAAUAUUAUGGUAAACAAAGAAUCUCCUAAACUUACAGGGCUCCUCUUCAGUAAUGGGGAGAGGUGGAAACAGAUGAGACGGUUUUCGCUCAGCACCCUGAGAAAUUUUGGAAUGGGGAAAAGGAGCUUAGAAGAAAGAGUGCAAGAAGAAGCAAAAUGUCUGGGGGAAGAAUUCCAAAAGAAGAAAGGUCUGAGAAAUAAUUGGCAGUAUAUGUAAUCUUGAAUAUAUUAAAGCUUGGCUGUAUGUUCGAUCACUUUCUUCUGAAACUCCUCCUUAGCCCAAAGUGGAUUAAAUAAGUGAUUAAAGAUGUUCUGCCCUGUAAAGUCCAGUGCCCUUCUCUUUGUGCUUUAUUCCUUAUUUCUGUCCACCUGGGUCAAUGAACAUCUACAACAUUGUGUAUUUUUUUUCACGGUUUCCUCAUCUUGAUAAUGUCUGUUUUGUCAAUUUCCCCUUCUCUCUCAUCUAUGUCAACAAUUUGAAUAUAUAAAAGUAUACAAUUUUAUUUUACUUUUUUUUUUUUUUUCGUCAUUGCUUUUCCAGUUUCUCAGCUCUCACUCUUUGAAUUUUUCCUACAGGAGAACUAUUUGAUCCCACUUACCUAUUGAGUCUAGCUGUGUCCAACGUUAUAUGUUCAAUUGUUUUUGGGGAUCGCUUUGACUAUGAAGACAAGGAUUUCCUAGCUAUGCUGGCUUUGAUGAAGGAGACAUUCCAGAUUUUGACUUCACCAUGGGGUCAGGUUAGUUUGUGUCCAAUUAUUGCAGAGAUUGACAAACUUCUCUCAAUUCAGAGCUGGGAAGGCCAAAAUGGAAGCCAUAUUGUUAUCAUACAGGCAUCCACAUAGCUCCCCAAAUUACGGCGCUGUUUAGCAGAUAGCGUCUUUAUUUGGUGUCUUUAAAUAUGGCAAUCCCACAGAAGGAUUAUCACAGUUUCUAUUAAACAAAUGAAAGAUCAAAAUAGAAAGGGUGAAAAAAGCCUGUGGCGAUACGGCCCUGGAGUCUCUGGCACUGCCAGUUUAGGCACACUAUUGUCUGUGGGUUUCUAUUACCUAACCUGUACCACUAAUUGCUAGGAUUCAGCUUUGGUAAAGGCAGGAUAUAUACUGCAGAGUUGCUCCGGGUACUACAGUCUAUUCUACUGCAAAGGUCCACUGGCAAUUGCUGAAUGAGUAACACUCUAUAGUGGGCGAUAGAUGACUGUAGAGUUACUUCAAGAAAGAGACACAACCAGCUUAUUUUUGAUGUAAGCAGGAGCAAGAAAGGGUUAUCUUGAUCGGCCAUCUAGAUAUCUGGACCUGCAUAGAGAGCUGCUCUCCCUCGCCCUCGCUUGACCCACUGCUGAAUAUACAUACACACUGCUCUGUGUAUAAUACAGGUACACACACAAUACAGAGAUGAUUAUGUGCAUUGCAAACAGUAUCUCACAGCGUCCGUUAUCUUUGCCUGACAAUGCACCUUAGGGCGCAGUGAGCUUGCAACUUGCACAAAACAAAUCAGGACGAUCAGGCCAUCCAUCACAAAGUCCUAUUGACCUUUCAGCUGUUUUUUAGUAGAUUUUUAAAUUUCAAGAGCAACCAAACUUUUUCUAAAUUUAGACUUGUUUCAAAUUUUAUAAUUUCUGAAUUUUGUACGAGCCAAGAUUCAAGAAUGAAUGAAACGAAACACUUUUUUUUUUCCACUCCUUCCACAUCGCAAGUUUUGUCAAUGAAUUGAUUGCUGUCAAAUUCUCACUCAUAAUUGUAAAGUGUUGCGGAACAAUUUGGCACUAAAUGUAGAAGAUGAUGAUGAUGAUGAUAAUAAGAACUGCAAAUAACCGCUAUUUUAAAGUGGUGACAUUUAAUUGCAUUCACAGAUUAAUAUGGACAUUGUAUGCUGCAUGAUGUGAGAACUUCAGAAGGACUCUCAGUCCGUACCAUUUCAGCAAAAACAUUAAAGCAGUAUUAGAAACAAUCCCAAUCUUUUAGAACAAAAAUGUAUAUACAAAAUUAGAAACAUAGAAUGUGACGGCAGAUAAGAACCAUUCGGCCCAUCUAGUCUGCCCAAUUUUCUAAAUACUUUCAUUAGUCCCUAGUCUUAUCUUAUAGUUAGGAUAGCCUUAUGCCUAUCCCACGCAUGCUUAAACUCCUUUAAAUUCACAUAGAUGUUAUGGUAAGUUUCUGUAGACAAAAUUUCAAAAGCUUUAAAUGAAUUUCUUAUACAAUGGCUCUCAGAGAAUUAUUGAGAUGAGAAGUUUAGGGGAGUCAUGCUCGUCCAAUCAAAUUUUUCCCAUUGGUAGGUAUUGCAUACAAUGCUACCCUAUAGUCAGCAUUUGAUGACGUUUGACAGUGAAUAUCACAUAACAGAGUCAAACUCUGUAGAUUUUGUGGAAGAAUUAUCUUAAUUUUUUGUGCCACAGACAGAAUGCUAAAUUAUGAAUCAAAAUGGCAAAAUUAAUAAUCUUUCCUUGCCCAAUGCGUUUGGUUCGUGAUUUGGUUACAUUUCAGAUCGGAGUGUGGGGAUUUGUACAAUCAUGCGAACGGCCCCAAUUCAGACAAAUUGCUGUUUGUAAUAAAACAAAUAUCCAAGUCUAUCUAUGAAUCAGUAAUUUCUUCAUAAUAAACUAUAUUAUGAAUAAAUAACUUAUUGAGAUGUUUGCACUUAAAUUACACAUACAAGUACAAUCACAAUGACAGGUUCACUAAUAUGCACUUAUUUUGCUCACCCCACACCAUGUCUCACUAUUUUAUUUUUAUUUUUUUAUUUUUUUAUUAUUCCUAUGCUUGCUGUAUCCAAUCCACACCAGCAAAUCAUUCAUUUAGUCAUUAAAAAAAAAAAAUAACAAGACAAUUUUGUUGACAGUGCCAUUGGUCUAAAACUAUUAAGAAAUCCAUUAAUUGUAUCUGUAGAUAUUUCUUUGAAUAGAGGAAAAGGUAUUUUGUGUGUGUGUUUUUGUUUGUUUUAUUUAUAUAAUUUUUUUUUUUUUAAAUCCAAUAUUUUACCCAGAUCUUCAACUUAGCCCCCAACUUCUUCAAGCCCUUUCCUGGCUCCCACCAUAAACUUAUUCGGAAUUUUAAUGUUUUUCGAGAAUACGUGAUGGAGAAGGUGAAAAUUCAUGAAGAGACUUUGGAUGAAAACUGCCCCAGAGAUUACAUUGAUUGCUUUAUCAUCAAGAUGAAGGAGGUAGGUGUAGGGAAAAUGGAAAAAAAAAAAAUAACCUAACUAAUAAUAGGUUUGUUUUAUAUUUGGAAACCUAAAAAAAAGAAAUAAACUCGCCUUAUAUGUAGUGUUGCCCUGCGCUCGUUGCUGUGAGAUCUUCAUUCUCAUAGAGAAGCACUGAGAAGGAUUAAAGGAACAUUAUAGUCACCUAAAUUACUUUAGCUAAAUAAAGCCGUUUUAGUGUAUAGAUCAUUCCCCUGCAAUUUCACUGCUCAAUUCACUGUCAUUUAGGAGUUAAAUCACUUUGUUUCUGUUUAUGCAGCCCUAGCCACACCUCCCCUGGCUAUGAUUGACAGAGCCUGCAUGAAAAAAAAAACUGGUUUCACUUUCAAACAGAUGUAAUUUACCUUAAAUAAUUGUAUCUCAAUCUCUAAAUUGAACUUUAAUCACAUACAGGAGGCUCUUGCAGGGUCUAGCAAGCUAUUAACAUAGCAGGGGAUAAGAAAAUCUUAAUAAAACAGAACUUGCAAUAAAGAAAGCCUAAAUAGGGCUCUCUUUACAGGAAGUGUUUAUGGAAGGCUGUGCAAGUCACAUGCAGGGAGGUGUGACUAGGGUUCAUAAACAAAGGGAUUUAACUCCUAAAUGGCAGAGGAUUGAGCAGUGAGGCUGCAGGGGCAUGUUCUAUUCACCAAAACUGCUUCAUUAAGCUAAAGUUGUUCAGGUAACUAUAGUGUCCCUUUAAGAGCGUUUAAACUUUCAAGGACCUUUUUAGGAAAUUCCUCUAGGUGCUUUCAGCCUGGCAGUCAAAGCAGAUAUGUUCUCUUACGUAUAAACAAUGCCUUUUCGUAAACAUGGCAGAGAUAUACUUUUUUUUUUUUUUUGAGAUUCCGGCAACAGAAUCUUGAGCUAACACUCCACAAUGCAAAGCAUUUUGGAGCAAAUUAUUAGCGUGCGUACUUCCAAUUAACUGGACUUUAGUCUUUUAUAUACCGUAAUUAAUUAUAAACUCAAAGCACAUUUCUCUUUUUGUUCCUCAGGAGAAAGAUAAUCCUAAUUCCGAGUUCAUCUAUGAGAACUUGUGCGUUAACCUGAUUCAGCUAUUUUUUGCAGGAACAGAGACCACCAGCACGACCCUGAGAUAUGCAAUCCUCAUUCUCCUGAAACAUCCAGAGAUACAGAGUAAGAACUGGGCCACUAACCCAUCUACAGGCAUGAUGUAAACUGCAAGUUUUACAUUACACAUUAGUAAAUAAUCCUGAUAGCAACUCUACAUCUUCUACGCUCUCACUACUGACUGAGUAAUCAUUUGAAAUAACAUGAUCCAAAUGGCAAAAUGAUAGUGUUUAGCAUCAUUAUUGUUGGUGCAUAGUCAUAAGAGUGUCGGCAUCACCGCACUAUUCGUAAUGAGAGUGUUUUGAUGUCAAAUGAAUGAUACGGGUUUAAUUAGUAGACAGGUUAAAAAUAAAACUGAUGUUUAAUGAAUGAUGGAAAGAACGAAUGUUCAGUUCCGCAUUUUCAUUCACCACCACGCAUGCGAUGCUGCAACCAAUGACAAUGCAGUGAGCAUUUUGUGAACAGAUCAUUAUGCAGUCCUAGGGAGUGUUUUAUCAACCAAUCAUUUGUCAAUUUUCUGCACAAUUUGACCAACAGAAGACUGCCUCUCAGUUUUUCAUCAUAUCUUGAUCCUGGAACGCUGAGUGUGAGACAGUGAACUAGCAUCAUUGUGCUGGUGGGCGUGUGUUGUCAAUUGGGUUUUUUCAGGUUAGAGCUAGUAGCUGAUAGAAUCAAGAGUUUGAAGAGAAUUAAUCUUUCCCUAGGGUAGGUAUUCCCAUGUUAGUUGAGGGUUGCUUAUGGCAUUUAUAGUCCAUAGUAAAUUUAAUGAGGGUACUAGGUAAGUGUAUGUUCUUUGGAUUUUGUAAUACAGAUUGGGGUACACCACUACAAAUUAAUGAUAAUUUGCUCAUUUUAAUGCCCAACUGUUACAGUGCCACAUUAUAUAUUUUUUUCUUCACAUAUACAUUACAUUUUAUUUUGAUUUUGCAGAGCAAAUACAAGACGAGAUUGAUACUGUUAUAGGGAAAGCCCGGAACCCAUCAGUCGGAGAUCGGUUAAUGAUGCCAUACUUAGAUGCUGUAAUUCAUGAAAUCCAGAGAUUUGCAGAUAUUUUACCGCUUGGGCUUCCGCAUGCUACAUCAAAAGAUACAAGCCUCAGAGGAUACACUAUCCCAAAGGUUAGUAAACACAAAAAGAUUACCAUGAUUCAAAAUCUAAAUGAACCAUCUAGAAGCCAUCAAGUCAUUAAACAAUACUUGCAUGCUGUACCGGUUAAGGAAACCCCCAUUGUCCGUAUUCAUGCUUCAACAUCUUACUUGGUAUCCAUGGGACACAGUGCCCCACUUCCACUACUUCAGCCAGAGACCUCUGUCUGAGCUAACCCUGUUGAUGGUAACCCUCUCAACCAAUGAGCUAGCCUUUCAAGCACUCAGGCUGAGGUAGUGGAGGUGGGGGGCAGGGGAGGGGUCAAACAUCCUGCUUACCAUAUGUCUACCAUCUUCCUCGCCAUGUGUCCUCCUCACCAUGAGACACUGCUAUAUGUAGACACUUGGUGGGUGGAUGGGUCAAGCUCAGGCUAUAUGUAAACACUUAGUGUGAGGCUGGAAGGGGAUUGUGUUUAAUUGGUGGUAGAAUAGGGAAAGAAAGUGUGAGAAUGGUAAUCAAGACUAGAUAAAGAUAUUGGUGUAAACAGACUCAGCUUACAUAAUGUGAUGUUAUAUGUGUUCAAGGAGUGGUAGAUUAAAAAAGAGGCAGUGGCGUAUGUAACGGACCGUUUUGCACACAAGGGGUAAAAACCGUUUAGGCGAUCGGCCCCCUUUCCAGAGAUACAGGCACAGCUACUGCAGAACAUCAAACUCCCAAACUGGAUACAAAAUAGCACUCCAACUCCCGAACUGGAACCUCCCAAAUAGCUGCUAGCAGACGAACAGGAAAAGCAGACAAUCAGCUUACACUCCUGGCAAUCAGUCUCUAACAGCAUACAGUGAAUCCCCCCAAGAACGAGACAAGGCUCCGUGUUGAGGGUCAAGCAGUGGUCUGAGGUGCUGGCACACCCAGCCUGGUUUUUAUUACAGUCUUGCAAAUACAGGACCGCCCACAGGGAGGUAUAAAAUAUCCAGUAACAUAUUAGUUACAACUCACAGAUUCCCUCCCCCUUAUCCUGAGAGGUAACCCAAUUACCUCUUCCUUUUUACCACAAUGCAUCCUGGCUUCCUCUCCUCUGCCCAGGAGAUAAUUGAGAAGUAAUUAAAUUAUCUCCCAGGACAGAGACAAGACUCCAUUAUGCACAUGGUGACACAAAACAAGCAUUACUGUAAAAAUACACCAGGUAAGACACAUUACAUUAGAACUAUACAUUUAACAUAUCCCCAGAUAGCUCAGGUCUGAGCGCACAUUAUUAAGUGAAUGGCGCUCAGACCACACGAAUACAGUUUAAUCGCCAUGGAGCCAAAGUCUUUACAGUCAGUUUCAUAUGAAUGGGCUCCAUGGGAUUCCUAUCUGGGGUAUAACACAUUCAAACAAAUCUACCGAACCCCAGGCAGAAAAGCACGAAUGAAGCUUUUCUGCAGGUAAAAAAGAUGUCUUUUAACAGGGGGCCAUAGUCCAAAGGCAGCAGGCGAGCAACCAGGCUUCUCCAAUGCAAUGUGGCGAGAUUGGUCUCGUCACAUCUCUCCCCUUUUCCAAACAGACUAACAGGGUAUCUGACCUCCUGCCGGUCAGUGCCCUUGUUAGUCCAGCAGCCCACCCACAAAACACAAUCAACAGCACAGCCCACCCACAAUAAAUAGUUACUGCACCUGGGUAGAGGAGAAGCUUGUCCAUGUCCAGGUGCCUCACCACGGCUGUGCUGGGUACGGGUACGCUGACUUGGUGGGGUGCUGCGUGGGCAGAGACCAGCGUCACUCUGCCCUGUUGCCAGCGCUACUGGGAGGGUAGCCUGGUUGAAGCCUGGUUGUUGGAGGGGGAGACCGACUGUCUCCCCUUUGGAUACUCUAAGCUGUCGCUGGGGAGAGGGGGUAACAGGCUCCUCUCCCGAUAGAACACUCUGCCGCUGGGGAAAGGAGACUGAGCUCUCUAUUCCCUGCCCAUUAAUGAUCCGCCGCUGGGGAGAGGUGGUAGCAAGCUCCUCUCCCAUACAUACUUUCAUCCUCUGUGGAGGGAGACCGACUGUCUCCGCUCCCAAUACAGUGUCCUGCUGCUGGGAAGGGGAGACUGGGCUCUCUAUUCCCUGCUGGAUACUCUGCCGCUGGGGACUGGAGACUGGGCUCCCAAUUCCCAACCAAUAACACUGCUGCUGGGGAAUGGAGACUGGGCUCCCAAUUCCCGGCACAUCACUCGGCCGCUGGGGAAUGGAGACUGGGCUCCCAAUUCCCAAAAAAUCACGCUGCUGCUGGGGGGCAGGAACAACUACCUCUGCCCCUGUAGCUCAGCCUGCCGCUGGGGAGGGAGGACGCUGCUCUCCUCUCCCUGCACUUCACACUGCCUUCCCGGCAUAUCACUCUGCUGCUGGGGGGCAGGAACAACUACCUCUGCCCCUGUAACUCAGCCUGCGGCUGGGGAGGGAGGACGCUGCUCUCCUCUCCCUGCACUUCACACUGCCUUCCCGGCAUAUCACUCUGCUGCUGGGGGGCAGGAACAACUACCUCUGCCCCCUGUAACUCAGCCUGCCGCUGGGGAGGGAGGACGCUGCUCUCCUCUCCCUGCACUUUACACUGCAGCUGGGGAAUGGAGACUGGGCUCCCAAUUCCCGGCAUAUCACACUGCCGCUGGGGAAUGGAGACUGGGCUCCCAAUUCCCUGCAUAUCACACUGCCGCUGGGGAGAGGAGACUGGACUCUCUCUGUCCCGCAACUGUAGCUGCCGGUGGAGGUCCACCCACCGUGGCAGCUGACCGUCACCCUCUGCCUGGUACAGCAGAGUCUUGAAUACUAGACUCCUCACGAACUUCACGGAUUUCUCAGCUGGAUUAGGUCCGAAGAAGUUCAGCCGCAACCACAUCAUACGGUCAAAUUCCUGUACAGAGUAUCUGUUCUCCACUGCUGGUUCCAUUCUGUUGCUGUCAGGGUCGCUGUACUGAGACAUGCGUUGCCCUCAAAUUGUAAAAUCCACGGAAUGGUGUCUCCUGUAGCUGUCCUUCUGGCUGUAGGAACGAUCCCGCCGCUUGCCACCAAUUGUAACGGACCGUUUUGCACACAAGGGGUAAAACCGUUUAGGCGAUCGGCCCCCUUUCCAGAGAUCCAGGCACAGCUACUGCAGAACACCAAAACUCACGAACUGGAUACAAAAUAGCACUCCAACUCCCGAACUGGAACCUCCCAAAUAGCUGCUAGCAGGCGAACAGGAAAAGCAGACGAACAGCUUACACUCCUGGCAAUCAGUCUCUAACAGCAUACAGUGAAUCCCCCCAAGAACGAGACAAGGCUCCGUGUUGAGGGUCAAGCAGUGGUCUGAGGUGCUGGCACACCCAGCCUGGUUUUUAUUACAGUCUUGCAAAUACAGGACCGCCCACAGGGAGGUAUAAAAUAUCCAGUAACAUAUUAGUUACAACCCACAGAUUCCCUCCCCCUUAUCCUGAGAGGUAACCAAAUUACCCCUUCCUUUUUACCACAAUGCAUCCUGGCUUCCUCUCCUCUGCCCAGGAGAUAAUUGACAAGUAAUUAAAUUAUCUCCCAGGACAGAGACAAGACUCCAUUAUGCACAUGGUGACACAAAACAAGCAUUACUGUUAAAAUACACCAGGUAAGACACAUUACAUUAAAACUAUACAUUUAACAUAGACCUGAUAGCUCAGGUCUGAGCACACACUAUUAAGUAAAUGGCGCUCAGACCACACAAAUACAGUUUAAUCGCCAUGGAGCCAAAGUCUUUACAGUCAGUUUCAUACGAACACAUUCAAACAAAUCUACUGAACCCCAGGCAGAAAAGCACGAAUGAAACUUUUCUGCAGGUAAAAAAGAUGUCUUUUAACAGGGGGCCAUAGUCCAAAGGCAGCAGGCGAGCAACCAGGCUUCUCCAAUGCAAUGUGGCGAGAUUGGUCUCGUCACAGCGUACAUACCAGGGUCGCAUGGGUCACGUCUGCGACCGGGCCCGGCCCACCAGGGGGCCCGGCCGCCCCUGCGACCUGGUAUGUACCCACGAGGCUGGCCCUGCUGACACCCGGCAGGCGCGAGGGAGCACUUUCCCCUGAGUGCUUCCUCUUUAGCUCCCUCGCGCACCGCACUGAUACUGGAACCGGAUGAUGUCAUCUUCACGGAUCAAUUUUCGCACCGGGGCCCCAUGGGUCAUGUGUACGCCACUGAAAAGAGGAAUGCUAUUUUCUGGGGUUGCUGAAAAACUGUCCAUUUUUUCGAUACAUUAUCACAUAUUCAACAUCUAUCUGAAAUAGUAGCUGUUAUUAUGCAUUGAUGGCAAUUUCUUCUUCUUAUUAUUCUUAUUAUUGCCAUUUCAUCUUCCUAUAGGGAACCACUGUAUUCCCCAUGUUAACCACUGUCCUGAAGGAUGAGAAGUACUUCCCGGAUGCUCAGAAGUUUGACCCGGGCCAUUUUUUAGAUGGAAAUGGUUCUGUAAAGAAAAAUGAUGCCUUUAUGCCAUUUUCAAUAGGUAACUUUUAAAAUGUGUUUAAGAGAUACACUGUUAUUUUUCUUUUUUUAGGCUCAGUAAAAAUGAAGUUUGCCUUUAUGCUGUUGAUGGUUUGGUGGAUGGGAGCGGGUCUCUAGACAGGGAUGGGGAUAGGACCCAAAUAAAGGUAUUUACAGCUAGGAGUGGCUAAAUGCAAAGAUAAGGAUGGAGGCUUGGGUGGAGAGAUAAGGAUGGGCAAAGCAGACAUGUGUUGUAUACAUUUUAAAAAGUUUGCCAACCAAAUUCACCCACAAUAUUAAUUAAUUAGAUGUACAUACUUUUAUGGAAUAUAUUUAACGAAAAUAACAAACUGCAUGCACAGAAAAUUACAGUGGUGAACUACAGGUAAAGAUGGUAGCAUUGUUAUAAUAAAAAUAUUAGAGUAUCACAGAUUACAAUAAAUGAGAUGGGGUAUCUUCAUCAGUAUCUGAAUGUUUGCUGGGUGAAAUGGGAAUUCAUUUUCUCAUUUUUAUUUUGUUUUAUAUAUUUUUUUUUUUUAUAACUCAUUGUUUGUUGUUCCUCCAGGAAAGAGAAUAUGUGUUGGAGAGGGUCUAGCUCGCAUGGAGAUCUUUCUGUUCCUCACCUACAUCCUACAAAAGUUUAAUUUGGAAUGUAACAUAAAGGCUGAAGAUAUCAAUAUCUCCCCUAUACCUUUCAGACUAAACUUCGCACCACGACCCUAUGAGCUCUCUGUGAACCUGCGGUGA